GCAAGCAGCAUCUUUCCUGCCUCCUAUCCCGUUAUUUCCAUAUCCGUGUUUGAGGGAGAAAAAAAUCCAAUUCCUACGACUCGUCAUGUCCGCCUCGCACGUUGCCGCCCGCUGCUGCCGACAGCUCCUCCGUCCGUCGUCGUCCUCGACCACCUCCCUGCGCCUGGCGCCCUCCUCCACCACAUAUCUGUUCGCCGGCCGUACGUCCAGCAGGAGAUGGCAGUCUACUGAAGCCCAGGCGGCAGCGCCGGUUAACCCCAAGAUCACGCAAAUCGUUGACCAGAUCAGCCAAUUGACUCUGUUGGAGACUGCGGACCUUGUUGCCAGUCUGAAGUCUCGCCUGAACAUCCCAGACCUCCCCGUUGGUGGUUUCGCAGUGGCCGCUGGUGGCCCGGCGGCCCCUGCGGCGGCCGAGGAGGAAGAUGCGGCGCCCGCGGCGCAAGAGAAGACCCUCUUCACGCUGAAGCUCGAGUCGUUCGAGGCCACGGCCAAGCCCAAGAUCAUCAAGGAGAUCAAGUCGAUGCUUGGCCUGUCGCUUGUCGACAGCAAGAAGUUCGUCGAGAGCGUACCCAAGGUCAUGAAGGAGUCGGUGCCCAAGGAGGAUGCUGAGAAGAUCAUCGAGACGCUCAAGGCGCUCGGCGCCAAGGCCUCCAUGGAGUAAAAAGAAAGAAAAGAAAAAAAAAAGGGCAGUCUACCAUUCAGUGUACGCUGGUCCUGCUGUACUGAAUGUGUUGUUGUGUUCUUUAAUACUCGGGCUGGGUUAUAAGCCCUGUUUGAGUCCUGUCUGUCAACACUCGCAUGGCGUGCCUCUUCGCCUCGGAGUUCUGUUUUCCCCGCCCUCCCCCUCCUUUGUCUUGAGUUCUUCUUUCCUGAGGGUCUUUUUUUUCCUUUUCCUUCCCUCUCUCCCUCCUGUAUUAGAUCUACUUCCGUGCAGAAAGCGCAAAGUG